AUGACUCGCUGGUUUGUCGCAUCUCUCUGCACAGGACUAAUAAUAACUGGCUGCGUGAAUUCGGUUGCCACCAAGAGUCAAGAUAACCAGUGCGUACGUGACUGUGACGGGCCAUCCCCAGUACUUUUUAAUCAGCCAGUUCUCCAAACGUUGCAGAUGUUCAUCGGCGAAAUGGCGUUACUGGUCGCAUUUUGGUUUGCGAGAGGCUCAGCUAGUGCAACUUCAGCUAACAAUUCUAAGCAAUUAUUGACAGGUAACAAGACAACUAUACUGUCCCUGCCAGCCAUUUGUGACAUUCUCGCAACUACUUUGAUGAAUAUUGCCCUUACAAUGAUACCCGUUUCAGUCUACCAAAUGGCAAGGGGAGCUUUGAUAAUUGUUGUGGCGAUCUUCAGUGUUGUGUUCCUUGAUCAUAGAAUAUCUCGUUUAGAAUGGUCUGCGUUGGCUUUGGUCGUGCUAGGUGUCACAGUUGUUGGUUGUAGCGGUCAGGAAUCAAGUGUAGAUUCGGAAUCGUUUGCAUCAUUUUCAUUAGUUGGGGGCAUCUUGCUAAUUUUAUUAGCACAGGUGUUCAUGGCAACGCAGUUUGUGUUUGAGGAGCAUAUAAUGCAUAGGUGGGAUGUCAUUCCACUUCAGCUGGUAGGCUUUGAGGGUUUCUUUGGAGCGCUUGUUACUCUACUUCUUUUUGUUAUUGGUCAUGGAAUAAGUGGACAUAAGAAUCCCAAUUCAUAUUUUAAUUUGAAUCAAGCUUUUACCGAUAUGUUCUCCAAUGACUCAGUUUUGUACUCCUCUGUCGUUAUUAUGAUGUCUAUUGCCUGCUUCAAUUAUUUCGGCACAUCUAUAACUAAACAUCUGAAUGCUACUUCUAGAAGUACGGUGGAUACAUGCAGAACUUUGAUGGUCUGGUGUGUAUCACUAUCUUUGGGCUGGGAAAAGUUUAAUGCCGUGCAACUAUGCGGGUUUAUACUCCUUGUGAUGGGAACCUUGAUAUUCAACGGUGCAAUAGAAAUCCCAGAUGGCUACAUGCCUAAGUUUCUACUGGAUGAUAGGAAGCAAGGUUACACGAGAAUUGUAGACUCCGUAGAUGAAGAGAUUGAAAGAUUUUAG